GCACUCGAAGGUCACGGAGAUCAUUACGUUAAACGUGUCAUACGACGGCGGAGAGGUUGGGUGAGGACGACACGUGUUACAUCAUUAUCAAGUAAGUAAAAAAGCCGCAAGGCUUAAGAUGUGUAUUAGGAUGAGAAAAAAAUCGUAUAAAAGGAGAGAGAAAAGGCGACAGAUAUUAGUCGAGGGAGCACCUCCGACACGGCAACAACCGUAGCGCACUGUCUGUCAUCAACUGCCUCCUUCAUCUCAUCGUGCAACCAAUUCGCAAUCAUGGUAAACUAUGGUGUCGUGCUGCUGAUGAUUGGUGUCCUCAAAUACUACACCGCCAAGGCUCCAGAAUAUUCCACUUCAACUUAUACUGCCCCGAGUAUCUACACAGUGGCUCCCGCUACACAACUAUGUGUUCUACCCCAACCGACUAUACCGAGACUUCCAAGUAUUAAACUCUGCUUCAGUUACUACACUGAUGAUCCAACUUACUACACCACGAAAACGUCUGAAUACUACACCGAAGCGCCUAAAUACUACUCUUCCCCGGGCGACACAUCCAUAACUGAGGCGACGGAGUUUUUCGUAGCCCCCAAUCACUACACAGCUGCUCUUUCGUACUACAUUUAACUAAAAUACUACACCGAGACUCAAGUUUAUUACACCACAACCUACGCUACAUCGAACUACUACACCGAAGCCCCGAAGUACUACACCGAGAAGGUCGAAUAUUACACGACCACUUACGCUGCUCAAGUUUACUACACCGAGGAACCCAAGUAUUCUUCAAGC